AUGGGAGACGACAGUGAAACCACCGUCGAAUUUGAUGAUGAUGUGAUCGCCACAAUGAAUGUUGACACCUCCAUGGAUGAUUUACGUGCUGCGAUGGCCCAGCUAGACCGCAAAAAGGGUGAAAUUGAACGACGACGGGAUUUUGAACAGCAAAAUGAAGAUCGACGACGGGAGAUGAUUGAACGUCAGUCGUCAAUGGCUGAUCCCAAACAAAGGGACAUGUACAAGAAACAGCUGGAUUUGAUGAAAAUGGUGGCAAGAAAUUCGGAAAUGAGAGUUCGAACAGACACCCAAAAUUUAAAUCAAUCAAUCUACCGGCUUCAAAAGCUUACACAACAAAAGCAAGAUACUGAAUCAAGGAAUCUGGCAGACAAGCUAGACAAAAUGGGUGCUAAUUUCAAACAGCUUGGUUUCAAUCCGGAUGAUCCGCUAUUGGCGGCAGUCCAAGCUCGAAUGGCUGACAAGAAUAAAGCCAUAAAAUCGUUUGAUGUCAUGUUGUCGUAUAACUGGAAUCAUCAAUCAACAGUCAUUAAGAUCAUGGAGGCCCUUGCCGCCCGAGGAUUUACAAUGGCUGGGGACGUGUAUGCUAAAAUGGCGGAAGCCGUUUUGGGUGCUCGAGUAGUGAUACCGUGUUUAACUGCUGCCUACGAGGCAUCACCAAAUUGCAAGCGAGAGCUGGCUUUCGCUGCAGAUCAAGUCAGGACGGGAAAGAAGAUUAUACCAGUCAGAUUGGAAGAUGGUCCCUUCACAUGGUCCGCACUUAUAACGGCUGGACUCUUGUACACGUAUAUCGGGCCAGACCAAUUAUCAACUGAUGCAAAAUGGAAUGAAGUGAUGGAUUCACUCGCCAAAGAAGUUGGACGAGCGAUUGACAAGACACCGACUUUAGCGUCUCCCGUGGAAACAACACCUGGUGUUGCUCCCUCUGGUUCGGAAGCACCUAUAACUGCUGCUUCAGCUGUCACGGGUGUUGCGACACCGCCAACAACGCCCAAACUCCCUGAAUUCAAGACAUUGCCAAGGACACCACCAUCUGGAACAAUAACCCCUCCGAUACCAUCAAGUAAUAGUGGUAGUGCUGAUGUUGUGGAAUUGCAGAGUAAAGUGGAUGUAUUGGAACAACGGGUGCAUCAUAUGGAGGAGCCUCAAAACGAGCACAUUGAAGAAUCCAUCAAAAAGCAUGGUAGACGAUUGGAUUACGACGAGCGAAAGCGAAAGCGUGAAGCUCGAGCUGUCCGUGAUCGUUCAGACAAGGCUCAAAACCUUCAUGGUCUAAAGGCCAAGAUCUUCAACCGAAAGAGAUUCGUAGAGAAGAUCCAAAUGAAGAAGACUAUCAAGAUGCAUGAAGAACGAAACAACAAGAAUAAAGCUGCAGAGCAACCAUUACAAGAGGGUGCCAUUCCUACCUUCUUGUUGGAUCGUGAACAACAGCAACGGUCAAAAGUUUUAUCAAACAUGAUUAAACAAAAGAGGAAGGAAAAGGCUGGUAAAUGGGCCGUGCCUCUGCCCAAAGUACGAGCUGUCGAUGAAGCUGAGACGUUUAGAGUUGUCAAGUCUGGAAAGAGUAAAACCAAACAAUGGAAGCGAAUGAUUACAAAAGCUACUUUUGUGGGUGAAGGAUUCACUCGUAAACCACCUAAAUACGAACGAUUCAUUCGACCCAUGGGUUUACGAUACAAGAAGGCUCAUGUCACUCAUCCUGAAUUGAAGACUACCUUCCAACUCCCUAUAUUGGGCGUAAAGAAGAAUCCUCAAUCACCUUUAUACACUCAAUUAGGUGUCAUCACAAAAGGAACAGUGAUUGAAGUCAAUGUGUCUGAAUUGGGAUUGGUGACUCAGAGUGGUAAAGUUGUCUGGGGGAAAUAUGCUCAAGUUACAAACAAUCCUGAAAAGUGA